UAUAUUGAGAUCCAUAGCCAUUGAUACUAAAUGGCGCGGGACUUUGUAAUAGGAUGUGUCGGCAAGCCUUCCUCUGGUAAGUCUACCUUUUUCAAUGCCGUCUGCGUGAAUCCAAACGCAAAAACCGCAGCGCACCCAUUCACUACAAUCGAGCCUAACCACGGAGUGGCGUUCUUUACUACGGAUUGCCCAUGUGUAAAGUAUAACGUCAAAUGUGCGCCAUCCUUCGGAAGUUGCAGGAAUGGCGUCAGAAGAGUACCUGUCAAGCUACUGGAUGUCGCAGGGUUGAUCCCAGGGGCUAACGAGGGCCGUGGCAUCGGGAACAAGUUCCUGGACGACCUGCGCCACGCAGACGUGCUGAUGCAUAUAAUAGACGUCUCCGGGAGAACUAACGAAAAGGGAGAUGCAACAAUAGGAUACGAUCCAUCAGGAGACCACUCAUGGUUAGUAGAAGAAAUUGAACUAUGGAUUUACAAUAACUUGUUACCCAAAUGGACAACAAUGGCAAAGAGGCAUUUAAUGAAGAAGGAUAAUGCAGUAACAACACUCCAUAGCAAAUUGUCAGGAUACAUGGUACCAGAAACCAUGGUCUCACGAGUACUUGACCUCAUGGAAGUGAAGCACUCACAAUUCGUUGACCUACUGGAAUGGGAUGAAAAACAAAUUCGCAAAUUCGUCUCCGUAUUCGUGCAGGAACGGUUCAAAUUCGUAUUGGUACUGAAUAAAAUUGAUUCAGAAGGUGAUACGGAUGGAAACACACUACGGAUAUGCCAACGACACCCAGACGUACCCACAGUAAUGUGCAGUGCACUAGCCAUGUGCUUCCUGCGCAAAAUGCAAUCACAGGGAUAUAUCGACUUCUUCGAAGGUGACAGUGAUUUCUAUAUGCACGGAGAUUCCGAUGAUGACCCUAGGAACGACCGCUUGAAACCACCAGAUGAGAAGCUACGUACCAGACUCAACAAUAUACGUGACCUGGUAUUAUACAGAUUCGGCUCUACAGGGGUAACUUCCGCCCUAAAUGAAGCCACUAAGGCAGCUGGAGUUAUCUGCGUCUACCCCGUGAAGAACCUGAAAACAUUUGGCGACGAUGAGAGCAGCAGCAAGGCAUUCCGAGAAUGCAUCACCGUGAUGCCCGGAACCACAGUACGGGAGUUUGCAAGCAUGCUGCAUUUUGAAAUUGGACGCAACUUCCACAAAGCUGUGGGAGUAUCUGGUAUGCAGCUAGCAGAGGAUAAGGUCCUAACAGAUGAAGAUAACAUCGUUAGCAUCAUAACAAAAGGGACAGUAACACAAACAUAAUGGUGCGAUAGUUAAGCUAGAAUGUUACCG